AUGCCUUAUACCUCUCUGUGAUCCGUCAGGAGCAUGCUCUUCAGCAGGGUGACUCUACUGUUGAUGACUUCUAUGCACAGAGUUCUGCUAUCUGGCGCCAGCUUGAUUCUCUCCGUAGUGCUGGGUGUCGUACCUGCCCCUGUUGCCAGGCUGUCCAGGCCAAUUUGGAGUUUCAUCGCGUCUAUGAGUUCCUGUCUCGGCUCCGUAAGGAGUUUGAACCCCGGCGUGCUCAGGUGUUUGCUCGUGGCCGUAUUUCUCUCAUGGAGGCGCUUUCUGAGAUUCGUGCUGAGGAGACUUGCUUACGUGGUGCUGGUUUGCUGGAGGUUCCCUCUGUGCUUGCUACUCGUGCUCCUACGCCACUUGCUCCAUCGACCACUUCUCGCUCGAGUGCUCCGCCGCUCUUGCCCACUCCUUCUGGAGGCUCAGGUCGCCCCCGUCCACAUUGCGCCUAUUGCAACAAUGAUGGUCAUCUUGAGUCUCAGUGCUACACGAAGAAGAAACACCUGCGCAAGGCUCGAUCAUCAUCUUCAGGGACUUCGUCAUCUACCUCGACAGCUUCAGCCAUUGCUUUGACUGAGCAGGAUAUUCUGAGACUUAAGCGUCUGCUCGCGGCUUCAGGUUCUUCCUCGACGGGUACUGCCGGUUCUGUGACUGAUGCUUCCCGCACUGAGCAAUCACCCUCUACACAGUCAGGACCGUCACACGCACACUCUGGUUGGGGCUGGCCCUCGCCGCCGUGAUUCUCAGGGUCUUUGGGAGUUGGACUGGCUUCAUGUUCCUUCUGCUGCCACCACCAUCGCCAGUUCUUCCGCUUCUGUUGUCUCCGUCACUGGUUCCUUCCAGCAGUGGCAUCAUC